AUGGGUAAAAAGAGAGUUGGUGCUUUGGAGAAGGUUGAUGCGGAUCUUCCAAAUUUACAAUACAAGAUUCGAAGAGAUCCAAAAUCAUACGCAGAAGACUUCCUAAAUCAAUAUGGACAGUACCAAGCACAAAGAGACAUUUUUAUGUCUUCUCCUUCCACUGCGACAUCCGGCGGCAUCGUAUCAUUUCACGACCUCAUCGAUUUCGUCGCGCAUUGUUCAGACUGUUUCCCAGAAGAUACCGCAGAAUUCCCAGAGGAUCUCAAGCAGAUUUUGACCUUACACCAUGCCGAACUUGAGAGCGAAUUGCGUGAGAAGAUCGUUGGUAGUCUGGUAUUAUUGCGACGAAAGGAAGUGAUUGAUUCGGCCAAUCUUCUCAAUACAUUGUUUCCAAUAUUGGUAGCUACGCCUAGUAAAACUCUUCGAACAUUGCUAUUCCAGAAGAUCUUGUCAGAUCUCCGUACUUCAAAUUCGAAGAGUAUCAACCAUCGUCUCAAUCGAACAAUGCAAACAGCACUGUUCAAUUUACUCACCUCCGACCGAACAUCUUCCAAAGGAAUUUGGGCUGUCAAGAUUACAAGAGAAUUGUGGAAACGACAGAUCUGGACAGAUGCGAAAGCUGUUGAAAUUAUGAAGGAAGCUAGUUUGUCAGAUAAUGAGAAGGUUAUUGGUGGUGGCGUACGGUUUUUCUUGGGAGGUGACAAGGAGAGAGAAGAAAUGGAGGACGAAAGCAGUGACGAAGAAGCCAUUGAUAUUGGUAAGCUGAAGCAUCAAGUUGGAAUUAACAAGAAAACAAAGAAGAAGACGAAAACAUUGGAAAAGGCCGUCGAGAAGGUACGAAGGAAGGAAAAGAAGAGCAAAGCACCCCAUCCACUGAAUUUCUCCGCCCUGCAUCUCUUGCACGAUCCCCAAGGUUUCGCCGAAACCCUGUUUUCAAAACACCUUCAAAACUCAAAGUCGAAACUCAACCUCGAACAAAAACUGAUUGUCCUACAAUUGGUUUCGCGACUUGUUGGCUUGCACAAGCUUACUGUAAUUUCAUUAUACUCGUACUUUACUAAGUACCUUACACCACGACAACCAUCUGUAACUUCAUUCUUAGCAUCUCUAGCUCAAGCAACACACAAUCUUGUUCCACCCGAUGCUUUAGAACCUUUGGUACAGAAGAUUGCCAAUGAGUUCGUCUCUGAAGCUUCUGCCUCGGAGGUCGCUGCUUCCGGACUGAAUGCUAUUCGAGAAAUUUGCGUACGACAACCAUUAGCUAUGAAUGAUACACUUCUACAAGAUCUUAUCAUGUACAGAAAGAGCAAGGAUAAGGGAACAAUGAUGGCAGCGAAAGGAUUGUUGUCCUUGUACCGUGAAGUCGGAGCAGAUAUGUUGAAGAAGAGAGAUAGAGGAAAGACAGCGACCAUGGGUCUCAAGACUGGAUUAAUCAAAGAAAGACGCUUUGGUGAAGAAGAAGCCGGCGGUAUCGAAGGUAUCGAACUACUUGAGCAGUGGAAGGAAGACGAAAGGAAACGAAAACGAGUUGAACGUGGAUUGCCGGAAGAAUUGGGCACGGAUGAAGAAGAGGACGAUGAGGAGGAUUGGAAUGCAUGGGAUGUUGAAUCUGAUGCUGAUAGUGAUGAGGGUGGUUGGAUCAACGUCGAGAGCGAUGGUGAAAUUGAGAUCAGUGACAGUGAAGAUGAAAAGCCUGCCGCGAAGAAAGCGAAGCUCGAAGUUAAAUCUAGCGAAAAGCCAGCUGACGGCACCGAAACAUCAACAGAAGAUGCCGAGAAGGAGGCUGCCGACAAGGCUCUUGAACAGAAGAUCUCCACAUAUGCAACCACCAAAAUUCUCACUCCAGCCGAUCUUGCAAAGCUUCAGGAGCUCCGUCUUGAGGCUAGCGUAAAUAAAGCGAUGGGAGGAAGGACACAAUCUCAACGAAUGAAGGACGCAGCUGCAAGACAUGCGGAUGAUGCCUUGACAGCUGAUCAAAUUGAAGGUUUCUCGAAGUUACAAAAGAAUACAAGAGAAGAGAAGAUAGCAAUGGCUAGGGAAGGAAAGGGUGAGCGUAGCGAGCAUAAGUCUACCAAGGCAAUUAGGAGGUCGAAGAAGGAUGCCGAGGGCAAGAGUACUACCAAUCAAGAAAAAUCUCGAAAGAAGAAUUUCAUGAUGACGUUGGGUAAGGCUAAGAUACUGAACGAGUUUCCCAAGUACAUUAUGGAGGAAAGUGGCUACGAAAGCUUUUUGGUGGAUGACGAAGGCCAAGGGUCAAAGUAUCCGCCACUUGAAGUAUUUCCACCGGAUCAGGAGAUCACAUGUCAGUAUUUGGGAGACAUCUCGCCUUUUCCUCAACAUUUCCGAAGAGGAGAAGCACUGCUUAAGGGUGCAGAUACAUUUACGAAAAGAAUCGUUGCCUUCUUUCUGUUUCCCAAUGGUCAUCCAUUACAACUCCCACUCCAGGGACUUUUGAAAGAUACUUUUUCUUCAGACCCUCAUGAGAAUUUCUACGACAGGGCAGUGAAUGAAUGUGAACCCGAAUUAGAUAGACUUUUGAGGACGUGUAUUCCGAAUAUCUUCCAGGAAAGGGCUCCCUCGGAAGCUGAAGCAGAACUAAAUCUUCUUGAUUCCAAUCCGCCUUCAAAAACAUUCUAUGCCGUCGCGAAUUUCCCAAAACCUGAGCCUGACUUGGAUCUGCCUGCCGCUAUCUCAUUGCCGAAAAGACUCUCUUUUGCCGCACAGGAUUUCCUGGAUUCCGACGAGCCUGACGAACCUCGGAUGGCUUCUUCCUCGACUACAAUGAAGUCUCAUUCUUUGCCUGCCUGUCUUCCUUGUCAUAAGCUGCAUUGCAUAUUUUCAGCACGGAAAGAUGUACCAGGCGUAUCAACAAGUAACGUUACUAAUGCAGACAAAGCUGUUGUAUCGAACACGCCCACCACUAAAAUCAGAUUGAAGCUCAGAAAUAAACUGGAGGAACCAAAGGAGAAGCAAUUGAAGAAGUGA